GGGUCAAGUUAUCGAGGGAUUUUUGAGUAUUUGUCUUAUUCUAUAUCUAACAUCUUAAUAUCAUUAAAAAAUUUUUUCCAAAAAAUAGAAUGUUGGUUAUAUGGUUAGUUCAAAUCAAAGUUUAUCAGCUGGUGGACAAUCUACACAAGAACAACAACAAAUGAUUAGAGAUUUUGAUUCUGGAAAAGUAAAAGUUUUGGUAGUAACAUCAGUUGCUGAAGAAGGUGUUAAUAUUGCUGCUUGUAAUUUAAUUAUAAAAUAUAAUAAUGUUGGGUCUGAACGUUCAAUGAUUCAAAGAAGAGGGCGUGCUAGACAAAAGAAUAGUUUAUCAAUUUUGUUAGCUUUGGAUACGGGAGUUGAACAGGCUGAAUAUUUGAAUAUGCAAAAAGAGGCUAUGAUGAUGCGUUGCCUAAUAAAUUUACAAGAAACUAGUGAAACUAAUCUUAAAAAUCAAAUUAAUGCAAAACGUGAAGAACGAAGGAGGAUUGAGGAAAGACAACUUAAAGUUUUGGAAGUUAAACGUUUAAAACUUAAUAAUAGACGUUAUAAACUAAGCUGCCGUUCUUGUAAUAAUUUGAUUUGUAAGAGUACACAUAUCCGUUCUAUUGCUAAUUCUACUUUUGUCGUUUGUGAUCCUACUGUUUGGAAACGUUCAAAAAUUGACGUUCGGGAAAAGCCGACGAAAGACCAUUUAUUCACAAAAUGUGCCAAAUGGUUAUGUGGCCAAUGUGGAAAUCAAGAAUGGGGGGUUAUUGUAAAAUAUUCCAAUUGUUAUUUACCUCAAUUAGCUGCAAAUUUAUUUUCUUUGGAACGUGAAGAUUUACAUGAUCAAUUAGAUGAAAUGCGUAUAGGUGGGGAUAGGGGAAGAACUUGGCAAAAUAUUCAAUCAGAUUAUUUUAAUAUUGCUCCAAUUAAUAUGAGAAAUAUUGUGAGUUUUCUUUCCUCUUUUUGGGUUUUUGGGUAA